AUGUUCAGACCACUGAUUAACAUUCGUCCAUUAACGAGUGGGCUCAGGCAGCCACUUGUUCUAGGAAGGACAUCAGCACAAAGCUUAAUUAUUUAUAGAUCUGCUGUUUCACGAGCAGCUAAAAAAGUGGUCAAGCAAGAUCCAACCAUUGAUAAAUGGGAACAUGCACCUAGGACCGGAGAUGGUGCAGCCGUUGCGACAAGCUUAAAAUCAUCUGGAAACUCGUCUGAAGAAUCAGAAAAAUCCAAUUCAUUGACAGAUGAAGAACGGUUAAAGUUAAUGGAGAGUCAUCCAGCAGUGCGAAAGUUUCCUCGGUUCAUGCGCAAAUAUGCGGUGCGAUUUGUAAAUGCCCCGGUAUCUCAUGUAACUUCUUUUUUAAUUAUCCAUGAAAUCACUGCAAUUGCUCCAUUAUUUGCAUUGUGGAGUCUGUUCCACCACUAUGAUUUUGUUCCUCCUGGACUACCGGAUUGGUUAGUGUCGAAUGGUGUCAACUUCAUAAAGGUUCUUGCUGAGAGAAACAACUGGGAUACUAUUGUGACAGCUGCCAAUACGUCUAAAAUUAUCAUCCAAGGUGCUGCUGCAUAUGCGAUGGUUAAAGUGCUAUUACCAUUAAGAAUUGCCUUGUCAUUAUUUUUAAUGCCUUGGUUUGCACGAGUUUUUGUGCUUCCAGUAACUAAUCGGUUAUCCAAAUUGUGGCCAAAGAAAAAGAAGCAGAGUGGCCCUAAAAGUGAUGAAGCCCAAGAUCUCUCUCAAGAUUUAACUAAAGAUAUCAAGAAAAAGGACGUUCAGAAUGAUUCUAAUCGUCCCAGCCUGUAA